AAUCCCCCUUCAGCACGCAUAACCUACGCACGCACUCUCCCGGGAAACUCCCCUUCGGCACGCAUAGCCUACGAUCGUUGUCUGACAGUACCAUGAAUAAUGCGGACACGCACUCUCCCGGGAAACUCCCCUUUGCCACGAUAAGCUCGUUGUCUGAGUGCAGUACCUUCCCGAAGUACUCUACCCGGCUGGAUAAGGGAGAAUUGCCGCGGGUUUCCAAUUUUGGGCUAAAUGUCUCCUUUGAAAAACUACGAAAGUGUUGGGUUAUUUGUGUUGAAGGAUACGACUCCUCCCUUCCUGAUGAUGAUAUCAAGAAGGCCUUGAAAGAUCACUUCGGCUCAUGUGGAGCUAUCCUUAGAGUUGACAUGCCCGGAUUCUUCAGUUUUGCUACUGUUAUUAUCAUCGGAGAUGAUGCAAAUGACAAGGGCUUGGAACUUAAUGGAAGUGAGAUGGGUGGACGGAAACUAUCUGUUACUGUUGAGCCUUGGCCAGAGCCGAAAAUAUUGGAUGUUCCCUAUGGCGCCUUGUAAGAUGACGGACGGAGGAGUUGAAACGCUCUGCUCUGCUCUUUGGUGUUUUCAGAUCGUGAUACAAUGCAACUUUACCCUUUUGUUUCCUUCUUAUAAGAAUUGUUUGUGUGUGCCUACAAUAAUACAAUGCAGCCCUCUGGGUCUUUUUUUCUUAUGUUUUUCUUCUGGAUGUUGUUUAAGUAAGCCCACUAUGUAUGUGUGUGUGUGAAUGAUUGACAAAAAUUUACAUUCCCUCUGA